AUUUAGUUGAGCAAAUAAGGGCAAAAGUGUCCAAGAAAAAAACCGCUUAUCCACUAUCUCUCACUCCCUCGACACCAGCAGCUGCACAUAAUAUUCACAACGAGUCUUCUGCAAAAUUUCAUUUUGGCAUUCUAUCGAGCAUUUUGUGUGCAUUUCAAUGGCAGCGACAUAUUCGCCUGCUUCCCACGUGCGCUCCAUCUUCUACGCGUAUAAUGCUCCCAAAAUACGCUUCUCAAUCCCAGCUUCUAAAAUCAUGGGUUCUUGGGGAGCGUCCGCAAACUACGUUAAGCUUCAGGCGACGGCAAAAGGGUUUCAAUCUCAUGGAAAAGCUUUGAUAGUCACCCGGACAUGGAAGAAAUUUGGAGUUAGGUGCGCGACUAUUGAGGAAAUAGAAGCGGAGAAGUCCAUGAUUGAGAAAGCUGUUAAAGAAAAGAUGGAAAAGACAAUAGAAAACGUGCGUUCCCGCUUCAAUUCAAUUAGGACUGGCAGAGCAAACCCGGCUAUACUAGACAAAGUUGAGGUCGAGUACUAUGGAACACCAGUUCCCUUGAAGAGUAUAGCUCAAAUUAGUACUCCUGAUGCAAGUUCUCUCUUGGUGCAACCAUAUGACAAAUCCAGCUUGAAGGUAAUUGAGAAAGCAAUUGUCAGCUCUAAACUCGAUUUGAAUCCAAACAAUGAUGGAGAAGUUAUUAGAUUGACCAUUCCACAAUUGACAUCUGAGAGGAGGAAGGAGUUGUCAAAGAUUGUGGCUAAGCAGGCUGAAGAAGGCAAGGUUGCUAUAAGGAAUAUAAGAAGAGAUGCCAUCAAAUCUUACGAUAAACUCCAGAAGGAGAAGAAGCUCUCUGAGGACAACGUAAAGGACCUAUCAGCUGAUAUGCAGGUAAAUUAUUCAGCUUGAUGAAUUAGUUUAGACAA